GAGAAAUCAUCUCCAGGGGGCGGGUCUGCUAACGGAAAGGGGCGGGGUUCCGUGGCCAGGUCCGGCCGCGUGCUCCCCACCACACAGGUGGGUCGCGGAUCCCCACGCGAGGAGCGCAGGCGGUGCUUGAGGCGUGAGAAAUAGAGCUGGAAUCGAAACCCUGACAUCUAUCUCACUGCAUCUUCUUUCUGUGCACCGCCUAGAUGGCUGAUUCUGACCCUGGAGAAAGAAACUAUGACAACAUGCUGAAAAUGCUGUCAGACCUGAAUAAAGACUUGGAAAAGCUACUGGAAGAGAUGGAGAAAAUCUCAGUGCAAGCCACGUGGAUGGCCUACGACAUGGUGGUGAUGCGCACCGACCCCUCGCUGGCAGAGUCCAUGCGCCGGCUGGAGGACGCCUUCCUCAACUGCAAGGAGGAGAUGGAGAAGAACUGGCAAGAGCUGCUCAAUGAGACCAAGCAUAAACAGUAGGCCCCUUGCCCACCGCGGCCCCCAUGCUGCCCUCAGCCAACGUGGAGAAGCCCCUGAGGCAUGGAGCCCUCUCUGCUGGCAGAGGAACGGCGACCAGAAUAGAUAGCUGUGUGAACCGUACUUGUUUCUCAAUAAACUUAUUUUUAAGAACA